AUGACAACAGCAACAGCAACUACUACUACUACUACUGCUGCUGCUGCUGCUGCUGCUGCUACUGCUACUGCUACUAUGCUGUACAUUAUUCGAGUUGGUCCUAUCUCAAGCAAUAUAUGGAGACUUUAUAUAUGCAGCGAGACCUAUCUUCUAUCUGCAUGGGCAUCAAUGAGUCAAUAG